AUGGAGAAGAUUAACAAGGAAGCGCUGAUCAAAACGUCACGCGAUGGAUUUUUUCGACGCGUGAUUGUUUUUGAAUUAUGAAUAUUAUUGUGAAGAUAAACUUAUUUUUUCAUAUUAACUGUUUAAUGAUUUAAAAGUAUCAAUAAAUUGUUUAAAAUCGGCUUUUUAUUAUUAUUUAUAACGUUUUUUUUUUAUUAUAAAAAUGCUAACAUAAUGUGUAGAUUGAUUAAAUUUAUCUUUUCAGCUACAUUUUAACACUAUGGCCGCCAGCGAUUUGGUAUUGGAGUCGUGGGAGGAUUUGGACGAGACAGCGGAGAAUGGUUCAUCUGGAGCCAUGGAGAAGGUGAGUUUGUUGUUUAUAUUAUCAUUAUUUGAUUUUUAGUUAAAUGCGGCCCUGGAGCACUUGAAAGUCUCCAAAUCGACAAAGCCAGCUAAGGACCCUUUUGUCGAGAUGAAGAAGAAGACUGAGCCUAAGAAGACGAUUGUAACAUCGUCGAAAACAUCAGAUUUGGGGUCUAGUGGAGAUGAAAAGGCUGAUAAUAAUAAAUAUGAUGGUAUGUUAUGUAGUCUUUAGUGCUUUCCGAUGCUGUAUAUUGAUGUUUUUGUAAUCUUAUUUUUGUUAUGUUUAAAAAAGACAUUUUAUAUUCUACUGUCGCUCUUAUAUAUAAGUAGGUUGCCUACUGUAACAUAAAGGUCAAUUUAUAGAAAAAAACAAAGGAUAAAACAGCUAGUAAAUUUAUUUUUUAGGUUUGCGGCAUAUUGUUAUAGUAAAAGGAAAUCCAAUCGACCAUGAUGCUUUAAUGCAUCGGAUUAAUGGCGAUUUUGGUCGUAGCGUGAGGAUGGAGAAGGUGGAUGACAAAUGUGCCCUUUUGGUGUUUCAUAACACUUUAAACGGUAAGUACUUAAUCUUUUUACAUUGUUUUCUAUGUUGUCUGUAUCAUACUUCAAAUUUCUGUUAAUUUCAUGACUAAUUUUAUCUAAUUUCAGCCCGACAUUGUCUUAGGUCAUCGAGCAAGUAUGCUCCAAUGAAAUUGUACCUAAUUGAUGAGCCACAAGUAGAAGAACACGUGCAAUAUUGCACGAAACACAAAUCGGAUCUAAGGCCAGUCAAGUCAGCGGUCAGACCAGCGACGAAUGUCAGUGUAAUUAGGCAGGCCGUGUCGAGACAUCUUAAUGUUCGGGUACCGGUCUCGGCCGAACAAAAAACGGCGGAAACGCAACAAUUAAGAGAUGCAAAAGAGAAGAAACGGGCAAUCAAAGCAAUGUGGGACUAA